AUUUUGGAGCAAUACGGUGUGGCGCCGAUAUAUGUUGAAGUUGUAGCUUGUGACAAAGAUCCAGAAUUGUCAUCUGUUAUGGAAUCAAUUCCCACUGAUAAGACAAUGUAUAAAUCGGAAGGAACACUCCGCGCCACAGAAGAUUAUGAGUCAGAGACAGACGCACUGUUGAAGGCUGGCAGUUCGGCUCUCAGAAACACAGAACAUCGCAGUACUGUGGAACGUAGCACAAAGAAGAUGCGAAAAGCGAGUCGAAAAUAUGCCAAAGAAGGAAAUAACGCAGAAUACGAUUAUAUCAUUACGGAUGGCAGCAGUGUAAGUUUUGCGAUAUUUGUUCAUUGUCCUAACCGAUUUUUUGUAACUGUUAUAAACAACGAAAGAUAA